CAGGGUAUAACAAGCCAUUUAAGACGAAAUGUGUUCAAAAAAACUUAUGAUGUUAAAGGGUAUGAAGAAGCCGACAAGAAAGGUAUCCUACCAAAGAAGGGGGAACCGACACUGGAAGAGCAAUACUAAGCUGCGUUGGAAUGUUUGUCGAUGGAGAGAGGCCGUUACUCCAAACGGAUAGCGAAAAUGAAAAAACGCACCAACGCAGAGAAGUUGAUAGUGAACCAUCGCAGACAUUGCGAAGAAGAUCAACAGGCUUACGAAACCACUUAUUUGCGGGCAGUUAGCAAUUUCUCCUGGUGCAGCUUAUUCGACUUUAUUCCGGCGAAAUAGAGACUAGGCAAUUUGAAACCGCUCUUUCUGAUAUCUAAGCACUCAUAUUUACUGGCUAGUAACAAGCGAGCCAUUUUCUGACAUACCUAGAAUAGUAAAUGAAUAGAG